CGGACUUCCGGGAGGUGGGCGCACAGCCCUGACGGCUCGUCGCGGGCCCCUCAGUCCACGGGUAGACAGAGCCCGCGGGGCGGGGCGGGGCGGCUGCCGGGGCGGGGCGGCUGCCCCCGCUUGCCGGAGCUCGGCGGAGGGGGCGCAGGUCUCGGCCACCAUGGCGCUGCCCCACCGGCCCGACGCGCCCGAGCUGCCCGACUUCUCCAUGCUCAAGAGGCUGGCGCGCGACCAACUCAUCUACCUGCUGGAGCAGCUUCCCGGAAAGAAGGACUUGUUCAUCGAAGCGGACCUCAUGAGCCCUCUGGAUCGAAUUGCCAAUGUCUCCAUCCUAAAGCAACACGAAGUUGACAAGCUGUACAAGGUGGAGAACAAGCCAGCCCUCAGCUCCAGUGAACAACUGUGCUUCUUGGUCAGACCCCGCAUCAAGAAUAUGCGCUACAUCGCUAAUCUUGUCAACGCUGACAAAUCGGCGGGCCGAACUCGGAAAUACAAAGUGAUCUUCAGCCCGCAAAAGUUUUAUGCCUGCGAGAUGGUGCUUGAGGAAGAGGGAGUCUAUGGAGAUGUGAGCUGUGAUGAGUGGGCCUUCUCUCUGCUGCCUCUCGACGUGGAUCUGCUGAGCAUGGAGCUACCGGAGUUUUUCAGGGACUACUUCCUAGAAGGAGACCAACGUUGGAUCAACACAGUGGCCCAGGCCUUGCACCUCCUCAGCACUCUCUAUGGGCCCUUUGUCAACUGCUACGGGCUCGGCAGAUGUGCCAAGAUGUCAUAUGAAUUAUGGAGGAGACUGGAAGAGGAGGAGGAUGGUGAAACCAAGGGCCGGAGGCCAGAAAUUGGACAUGUCUUUUUCCUGGACAGAGACAUGGACUUUGUGACGGCACUUUGCUCCCAGGUGGUCUAUGAAGGCCUGGUGGACGACACUUUCCGCAUCAAGUGUGGGAGUGUUGACUUUGGCCCAGAAGUCACGUGCUCAGACAAGAGCCUGAAGGUGCUGCUGAAUGCGGAGGACAAGGUGUUCAGUGAGAUCCGGAAUGAACACUUCUCCAAUGUCUUUGGCUUUCUGAGCCAGAAGGCCCGGAACUUGCAGGCCCAGUACGACCGCCGCAGAGGCAUGGACAUCAAGCAGAUGAGGAACUUCGUGUCCCAGGAGCUCAAGGGGCUGAAACAGGAACACCGGCUGCUGAGCCUUCAUAUUGGGGCCUGCGAGUCCAUCAUGAAGAAGAAAACCAAGCAGGACUUCCAGGAGCUCAUCAAGACGGAGCACGCGCUGCUAGAGGGCUUCAACAUCCGGGAGAGCACUAGCUACAUCGAAGAGCACAUCGACCGGCAGGUGUCGCCGAUAGAAAGCCUUCGACUCCUGUGCCUUUUGUCCAUCACUGAGAACGGUUUGAUCCCCAAAGAUUACCGAUCUCUGAAAACACAGUAUCUGCAGAGCUACGGCCCUGAGCACCUGCUCACCUUCUCUAAUCUGCGGCGAGCGGGCCUCCUGACGGAGCAGGCCCCAGGGGAUGCCCUCACAGCAGUGGAGAGCAAAGUGAGCAAGCUGGUGAUGGACAAGGCUGCUGGAAAGAUCACCGAUGCCUUCAGUUCUCUGGCCAAGAGGAGCAACUUCCGUGCCAUCAGCAAGAAGCUAAAUUUGAUCCCACGUGUGGACGGCGAGUACGACCUGAAAGUGCCCCGGGACAUGGCCUAUGUCUUCAGUGGCGCCUACGUGCCCCUUAGCUGCCGAAUCAUCGAGCAGGUGCUGGAGCGCCGGAGCUGGCAGGGCCUGGAUGAGGUGGUGAGGCUGCUCAGCUGCAGCGAGCUGGCGUUCACAGACACAACCAGGGAGGACAAGGCUUCCAGUGAGUCCCUGCGCCUCAUCUUGGUGGUGUUCCUGGGUGGUUGCACCUACUCUGAGAUCUCAGCCCUCCGUUUCCUGGGCAGAGAAAAAGGGUACCGGUUCAUAUUUCUGACGACAGCAGUCACCAAUAGUGCACGCCUCAUGGAGGCCAUGAGUGAGGUGAAGGCCUGAAGUUUCCUGCUGGUGUGCAGGUCUUCUCUAGACACCAUCCCCCUGGGAGGUAGGGGCUUAUUCAGGGUCUAUGUCUGAGGAGAGAGCUCACUUCCUGCCCCUGGGCUUCUCUUUGUUAGGCGGUGCAGCCUAUGUUGUUAAACUACAAAGUAGGGGGAGGUGAUUUUUGCUCUGUGCUAUUCCAGUAUCAUUGUAAAUAAAUCUUUGCCUUGCAAAUAAAUACACAGCUCUCUUA